CUCUAAGACAUGUUAGCUCGAUGGGCGUCACGUAGCCUGUCGCAUAGCUAUUGACAGGGUGUCUCCUUUGGUGGAGAGGUGAAAAUGUGCACAGACCACAAAUCACUCUUGCGAUGAUCUCCAAGAGCUUUCCAAACUGCCAGAAGAGCUAACUAUUACACCAAACAAUUCACUACGCAUCACACAUUCGCUCGACUCUGGACUGCCGGACCCCUGUUCACGCUCUUACGUCUACGAGCCCCCACCUUCAUCAAUACGCGCAUCGAACUCGAAACAAAGACAUAGCCAGGCGCAAACGCGCUUCGGCCAUCUGCCACCACCAUGUCGCUCAAUCAAUACAUGAACAAGAAAAUUCUCAUCAUCACAGUCGAUGGACGCACACUGAUGGGCACGCUUGUGUCUUGCGAUCAAGUCACCAACCUCGUCCUCAAAGACACCAUUGAGCGCGUCAUCCGGCCACAAGACGACCCGGAAGAGAGCUCAGAGACACCGCAUGGACUGUACAUGAUUCGAGGCGACAACGUGGUGGUCUGCGGCUUGGUCGAUGAGGCCAUGGAUUCCAGCAUCGACUGGACAAAGGUCCGGGGAGAGGUUAUUGGAUCUACAAAGCACGUGUGAGAGAAGCCUCUGCCGGCAGGGCAUGACGACGAAAAAGAAAAUCAAGGCCACAAGGAGAGGCUGCUAUGGCCAACACAAGAUCGAAUCAGACCACUGGGCAUCCGGGACGGUACAUCAAGGUCACGAUCACGGCCACAGCGCAAUCCGCGGCGGAACGAGGUCGACCGGCACCAUGGGAUGAAGAAGCGGCGGCAGAUACCCAGGCAGCAUUGCGUCCAUUGCCGGUGCCGGACACAUGACAAGCAGCCCGCUGUGUAUGUAUUUAAUUCGUACCUUGCACGCAGACAGGCGCCUAACAAAGAUUUC